AUGAGGGCUUCUCUCGCUUGGUUGUCGUGGUUUGCGACAUCUGCCAUUGCCGUGUCUACAAUUACAAAUAGCAAUGCCCUCACCACGAGCGCACCCACGUUAGCAGCGGUGACCAAGACGGUUGGCGCUCGGAAUGGGGUGGAAGUCGACGUUGAUAUUGAUCUAUGUGCGACUAUCACAAUUGGUGUCACAAUUUGGGUUGGCUUGGGCGAAAUAAUUACAAUUACCGAUACUGAGACUGAGACUGAGACUCAAGCCGGCACAACGACGGAUAUUAUUACCCAGACCGUCACGGCGGGCAAUGCAGUUAGUACCAAGACCAGCACAGUAACGGAUACUGUGACCGUGACUGGCCGUGGUUCCAAGGUCACUGUGACAGACACUGUGACGGAGACAGCUCGUGGAGGAGUCUCUACCGACAAGGAAACUGUUACUGUAACAGCUACAAUUGUUGAAACCGACACUGUCUCAAGAGGUGCUUCAAGAGUCACUGUGACAGACACUGUGACCCAAACAGCUACAGUCUCCACCGACAUUGAGAGUGUUACGAUCACAGCGACAGUUGUUGAUACGACUACCAAGACGAUCUCUGAAAGCGCUUCAAUCAUUAAUACUGAAAUCGACACAAAAACUGUCAUUGACACUGAAAUUGAUACGAAACCCCUUCCGGGCAAAACUGUGACAGACACCAUUCGAGGUCCAACUGUGACAGAGACAGAUGCGAUCACAAAAACUGUCAUCGACACCGAGAUUGAUACGAAAACCCUGCCGGGUACGACUGUCACAAACACCCUUCCAGGCACAACUGUGACGGAUACAGCAGUGGAAGAGACUACUAUAUUUCAAACCACAACUAUCCCAGCAUCAACAAUCACAACGACCACGACGGAACCCGCUAGCACGAUCACAAUUUCAGGAACGGUCACCACUCUACCUGCCUCGACUUACACAGUGACUACUACCAUCCCGGCUAGUACGGUGAUAAGCACAGCAGUGGAAGACACUACUAUAUUUGAAACCAUAACUGAAUCCGGGUCUAUCACAACCAUUCCAGCAUCAACAAUCACAACAACCACGACAGAACCCGCUAGCACGAUCACAAUUUCAGGAACGGUCACCACUCUACCUGCCUCGACUUACACAGUGACUACUACCAUUCCGGCUAGCACUGUGAUAAGCACAGCAGUGGAAGAUACUACCGUAUUUGAAACCAUAACUGAAUCCGGUUCUAUCACAACCAUUCCGGCCUCAACAGUCACGACAACUACUACGGAACCUCCUAGUACUAUCACGAUUUCAGGAAGUGUCACCACCCUACCAGGAUCGACUUACACAGUGACGACUACCAUUCCGGCUAUCACCGUGACGAACACCGCAGUAGAAGAGACUACUGUAUUUGACACCACAACCAUUCCAGCAUCGACAAUCACGACAACCACUACGGAGCCCGCUAGUACCAUCACGAUAUCCGGAAGUGUCACCACUGUACCUGCCUCAACUUACACAGUGACUACUACCAUCCCGGCCAGCACGGUGACUGUUGUGAGAUCAACUUCAAUUGUGGACACAGUCACAGCGACAGGUGCAGGAACAACCGUGACCGAGAUUGAGACUGAGACUGCACCUGGUUCUACCAUCACAGGUGCAGGAACAACAAAAACAGCCACCAUCACAGCAACGGUAGUCUCUGUAUGCUCCAGUCUAAUCAGCAACCCAUCCUACACAGCCACCACCGCACUACCAGACGACUAUACCUGGGGUUGUGCACCUGGAUACCUCUGUCAGCCUGCACACACAGGCGACCGAGCCGGCUGUAACGUUGAAGCUGGUCUCCCCGCCGAUGGCUACGUCUGUUCACCUGAUGAAUGUAUCGUGGCUCCGGCAAUCGAGUGGAACAAUCAAUCCGGCUAUAAUGUCUCCGUGAACUACUACAAUUUGGAUCCCACCAGCUUCAAUCUGACAUACGACAUCCUCCGUUAUGCUGAGUACUCCAAUUCGUCCCUUAGCAGCAAGCGCGAUCUUUAUUCAUUCUGGGGAGGAGCCAAGCGAACGUUGGAGCUCUUCCAAAAGAGAGUGAACACGAAUUACAUCCCAACAAGGUGUUAUUCAUUGUGUGACGCCGCAGCCUACGUUGGACAACACACGGGUAAAACAUCUGAUCUAUGUGCAUCUGGCUCGACAUUCCUGCACGAUCUAGACUUGUGUGAAGAUUGUAUCAGUACGUAUGCCAGUGUAUCUGCUUCUGAAGUCUACUCGUCGACUCUUCUGCCGUCUUUCACUCAAUGGUUGAACUACUGCUCUGAUCAGACGACUUCUGCGGCUUCCACAAGCACUGCGGCAUCGGCGACUACGACUUCUGCGGCGACUACCACGACUGAGGGAACCACUACUUCUACCAGUUCGUCCAGCACUGCUAGUAGUACGACGAUGAGCUCUACUAGUCAGACGUCGACUUCAACGCCCGCGCCGACCACGACAAGCUCUACCAGUAGUACCCAGAGUCAGGCAUCUACCUCGGAGAGCCAGUCUUCAUCCAGCUCUUCGUCCCAGAGUAACAGCUCUGAGCAGAGCACAUCCAGCUCCUCAACUCAGAGCACUACAUCAGGUCAAAGCAGCUCAUCAACUCAGAGUACCUCAUCUGAACAGAGCUCGUCAAACCAGGGUACAUCAACGAGCAGCUCCGAGUCCGUGACAACCCUCCCUGCUUCAACGAUAACCAGCUCCGGAUCCACAAUAAUAAUCGCAGGAUCAACAGUAACGCAAUCCGUAUCCGGAACAACCCAAUCAAGAUCAAUCGUGACAGAACCCAGUUCGAUAUUGAUUGUCUCCGGCUCAACAGUGAUUAUCCCAGGGACCACAUACACCGAGUCUAGCGCCUCAGUCGGAACAACGAUCAUAAAACCCAGUUCAACUGAGAUCGUAUCCGGAUCUACCGUCAUAAUACCUGCUACAACAGUUGUUGAGACUGGAAGUGGACAGAGUUCAUCAUCCGGAUCAAUUCGAAGUACGACAACAUCGUCUGCUGCUUCACCGGCGUCGAGUACGCCGUAUAGUGCAGCGAUAUCUUCGAGGGAUGUUCCGAAGCACGCUAGCAUGGGGAUUUGGAUGAUUUUGGUGGCUAUUGCCGUUACACUCUUUUAA